AUGAAUUGGCGCGACAAUAACAAGACAUGUCAGAUCUUGGCAUUGGCCGAAAAGGGCGGAUAUGGUGUUCUGGCUGCCAUCGUAUACAAUGUGGAACAUAUCACUGCAAUGGUCCAAGCCGCUGAACAACGUCGCUCACCAUUAAUCAUUCAACUGUUCCCUUCAUCCCUCAAGCAGACUCCGUCUCUGGUAUUCGCAGCUUCAGCCGCCGCGAAAAGUGCCAGCGUACCCAUUUCAGUACACCUGGACCAUGCCCAGGACUAUGAACAAAUCAAGCACGUGGCAAACAAUCUACCAUUUGACUCUAUCAUGGUAGAUAUGAGUCACUGUGAGAAGGAGGAGAAUUUGGCGAAAACAAAGACCCUAUGCGAAUAUUGUCACGCCCGCGGGAUUUCAGUCGAAGCGGAAACCGGCCGGAUUGAAGGUGGAGAGGAUGGAAUUAUGGACACUGGGGAUCUCGCUGGUAUCUUAACGAAUCCCGAGGAUGUGGAAGAGUUCAUCUCAUCAGGAGUGGACUUCCUAGCUCCGAGUGUUGGGAAUGUCCAUGGUGAUUAUGGACCUCAAGGGCCUGAGUUGGAUAUGGAACGACUCCGUGACAUUUUCAAAUCUAUGAAUGGCCGCGUUCGUCUAGUACUACAUGGUACAAACGACUUUCCACCCAAAUUGACCCAGGAAUGCAUCAAGGCCGGAGUGACAAAAGUUAACGUGAAUAAGCUCGUAUUGGAUCCCUGGCAUGACAAUCUACGAGCCAAUGUGACUCGGCCUCUGACUGACUUGAUGGACACGGGAAUUCAAGCCUUGAGGACUGAGAUGGAACGGUGGAUGGAUAUUAUCGGUAGCAGUGGAAGGGCCUGA